AUGGACAAACAUAUACAGCAUCAGCAACUGCCACUGAACAAAUGUUCUCGACAGCAUCGAUGCAGCGAAUGGGUUUUUCGAGAUGUUCCAAGCGACAUAACAAUCGAAGUAGAUGGCGGAACCUUUUUGUUGCACAAGUUUCCCCUGGUCUCACGAAGUGGGCGAAUCCGGAAGCUGGUCGCAGAACACAGGGAUUCUGAUUUAUCACGGGUUGAGCUUGUCAGCCUUCCAGGCGGUUCGGAGUCAUUUGAGCUGGCUGCCAAGUUCUGCUAUGGCAUCAACUUCGAGAUAACUUCAGCUAAUGUUGCCCAACUAAUUUGUGCUUCUGAUUACCUUGAAAUGAGUGAGGAAUUCUCAAAGAAUAAUCUUGGCACUAGAGCUGAAGAAUAUCUUGAUAGUAUUGUCUGCAAAAACCUUGAAAUGUGUGUGGAAGUCCUCCAACAAUGUGAAAACUUGCUUCCUUUGGCUGAUGAAUUGAACAUAGCGAAUAGAUGCAUUGAUGCAAUAGCCUCAAAAGCUUGUGUGGAACAAAUUGCUUCAAGUUUCUCACGCCUAGAAUACAGUAGCUCAGGAAGACUCCACAUGAGCAGGCAGGCUAAGUGUGAAGGAGACUGGUGGAUAGAAGAUCUUUCUGUGCUUCCAAUUGAAUUGUACGAGAGAGUCAUAACAGCUAUGAAAUGUCGUGGGGUUAGACCUGAAAGUAUCGGGACAUCACUCGUACAUUAUGCCCAGAAGGAACUAACCAAGAAAUCUUGCUUGUGGAAUCCAUCUAACCAGGCGAAAGUUGAUCUGGUUUGUGGUUCGAAUGGUCAUGAAAGACUUGUGGUUGAGACAAUUGUUAGCCUUCUUCCUGUUGAGAAAUUUGCUGUCCCCAUAACCUUCCUAUUUGGAUUAUUGAGAAGUGCUGUGAUGCUUGACUGCAUGGUAGCUUGCAGGCUUGAUCUUGAGAGGCGGAUAGGAUCUCAGUUAGACAUUGCUACUCUAGAUGAUCUACUAAUACCAUCCUUCCACCAUGCAAGUGAUACCUUAUUUGAUAUUGAUACAGUGCACAGAAUCUUGGUGAAUUUUUCCCAGCAAGAUGACAGUGAGGAAGAUCUGGAUGAUGCCUCAGUAUUCGACUCUGAUGGUCCUCCUUCUCCCUCUCAAACUGCAUUGUUCAAGGUCUCGAAGUUAGUGGACAAUUACCUGGCUGAAAUUGCACCUGAUGCAAAUCUGAAACUCAAUAAGUUUAUAGCCAUUGCGGAGUCUUUACCGGCACAUGCUAGGACAAACCAUGACAGCCUGUAUCGAUCAAUUGAUGUUUUCCUCAAAGCACACCCAGGAUUAUCAGAUGCAGACAGGAGGAAGCUCUGCAAAAUGAUUGAUUUUCAAAAAUUAUCGCAAGAAACUGGUGCCCACGCAGCACAAAAUGAACGCCUUCCGCUCCAGUCAAUUGUACAAGUCCUUUAUUUUGAGCAGUUGAGACUUCGCAAUGCAUUGUUUUGCUCCUACCCUGACGACGACCACAAGCCAACGCACCAAUCAUGGCGGAUUAGCAGUGGAGUUCUGAGUGCUGCAAUGUCUCCUCGGGACAACUAUGCGUCAUUGAGACGAGAGAAUAGGGAACUAAAACUUGAACUUGCUCGGAUGAGAAUGAGAUUAAAUGAAUUGGAGAAAGAGCAUGUUUGUAUGAAGAGAAAUAUGGAAAGGUCCAGUUCUCGCAAGUUCAUGAAUUCAUUCUCCAGGAAGAUGGGCAAAUUGAACUUUUUUGGCCAUAGUUCGUCCAAGGGAUCGAGUUCUCCAUCAAAACAUUCACAAAGAACUGACUCUAAGCUAACAGACAGACUUUAG